CGGAUGCUUUGCUCGGCAAACACAUGUCGUCUGAAUCUCUCUGCUGGGUCCGUGUUUCCACUACCCGCAGCCCAGGGUACCGUGGAACAAGAUAUCAUGGCACUCCCACCAACCACAGUGGCAAAUUCCUGCAAGACCCCAGAGACCAUGAAGACCCCUCACCUGGCCUCUGCUGUGUUGCUUUUUAUUACCUUCCUGGUGGGUGUUGUGGGGAACGGGCUGUACCUGUGGGUGCUGGGGCUGAUGAUGAGGAGGAUGGUGACCACGCUCUGGUUCCUCCGCCUGGUCUCCUGCUACCUCCUCUUCACCCGGCUGAUCCCCUUCUUCAUCAUCUACGUCCUCCUGGAUUUCCACUGGGUCUUCGGCAUGGCGAUGUGCAAGCUUCUCAAUGUCUGCAUCUCUAUGGGCAUGUUCUCCUUCAUCUUACUUCUUACCCUGAUCAGUCUGGACUGCUACACCCUCACUCACCAUCUCAUUUGGUCUCAGAAUCGCCGCACCGUGCCCCUGGCUGUGAAGUUGUUCAUGGGUCUGGGGCUGGCCUCUUUUGGUUUCAGUGCUCCCUAG